CUCACUCUGCCUGUCAAGCGACACGAUGAGCUCCUCUCUCCCUAAAAGCGACUCCACUACUUCUCUGCUCAGAUCCUCGGGGCUCAACCGCAGGUCCGCGCACCCGAGUAGCGGUCCACGCGAUCACCGGAGCCACCGCGCUCACCAUCAUCCCACCGGAGGCAGCGAUGAUGCACACUGGCCCGAGGACUGCGAGACGAGCGCGCGGAGACCUCUCUGUCAACCAAGACAUGCAGACUCUCGAGGUGAUCACCGCGUGCAGAAGAGCCACUCUCACCGGCAGGCGAGCGUCCCGGAUGACGGUUACGCUCAGGAGGAUGUGAGACACAGGACGAGUCGGCAUCAGAAAGAGCGCAGCAAGUCCACUAGGUCCAAACACUCUCAUCAUCACCACGACUCCUCUCGAGGCGAGCCGCCUCCUGCAGGGCAUCACCAGAGCGGCGCCCAGCAGGACAGGAGGACCUCUCCAACCCCGUCUUAUCCAAAACAACCGGACGAUGCGGCUUUCUUCUUCGAGCCCAGAGAAAGAGUCAUCACCGGGUCCUCCUCCAGCCUCAGCUCCGACCCACUUGCGACCAGCGCACCUGUCAAGCCCGCAUCCAGCCGCACAUCCAAAAGACUGAGCGCAACCGCGUCUGAAUAUGACUCUAGUCUGCAUCCCAUAGUGAAGUCAGUGUUUGGGCAGGACCGAGAGCUGAGGCCCGAAGAAAUGGAUGAGCUGCGUGAGGCAUUCAAGGAGUUCGACAAAGACAAAGAUGGGUUCAUUGGCUGUAAAGACUUGGGGAACUGCAUGAGAACUAUGGGCUAUAUGCCAACAGAGAUGGAGCUGAUAGAACUGAGCCAGCAGAUCAACAUGAAUUUGGGAGGACAUGUUGACUUUGAGGACUUUGUUGAACUCAUGGGGCCCAAACUUCUGGCCGAAACUGCAGACAUGAUUGGGGUGAAAGAGCUGAGAGAUGCAUUCAAGGAGUUUGACACAAACGGUGACGGCCAGAUCAGCACAGCGGAACUUAGAGAAGCAAUGAAAAAACUUUUAGGACAGCAGGUUGGACACAGAGACCUGGAGGACAUCCUACGAGACAUCGACCUUAACGGAGACGGGCAUGUAGACUUUGAAGAGUUUGUGCGGAUGAUGUCUCGAUGAGCUCCUGACAGAGAGUCGACAUGUUAAGAAAUGGCAUGGAUGCUCUGUUGCUAUGGGAGGAAGACGAGAGAGACCGGCACAGAGUACAGAUGGAUUUUGAACUUCUGAACUGUCAAUGAACAAGAAAACAAAAACAUAUCAACCCUGCCCUGAAACUG